CACAAAACGACAGCAGACGGUCUCUUGAUACCUUCACUGGUGUUGCUCUGCACAAUACUGACUAAGAAUGAAGACGUUCACCGCAUCAGCCACCGUGCUUCUGAUCUGCACAGCUGCACUGCUGUCCACAACAGAUGGUAUAUCUAUAUAUCUACGCUGCGAGUGCCUUAAAACGCAUUCAAAGCCACAAAUUCCUGCUGAAAGAAUACUGUCAUUGAGGGUGAUUCCUGCUGGACCAAAAUGCAAAAAUGAGGAGAUCAUUGCCACAGUGAAGAAAGGACAGACGUGUCUGGAUCCUACUGAAGGCUGGGUGAUUUCUCUUAAAGAAGAAAUUAACAAGAGGAACAACACAAGAUAACAAUGAAUUAAUAUCUCAGCUGAAGAAACUGAAGAAACUAUUACUGCUGUCAUGUAGAAUAUUUUUGAAUAAUAAUUUCUGGGUGAUAAAUGAAGUACUGAAUGUGAACAUGUGCUCUUUCUACCACCUGUUUUAUCAAAGGUGAAUUACUGUAAAUUGCCUGAUCUUCAUUAUAUUUUAUUAAAUUAUAUUUAUUGUUAUAGUGUCACUGAAUUGUAGUUUUUGUAAUGCUUACAUAGUUUUGUACUGGUUUUGAAUAAAAACUGCCAU